AUGAUUCGAACUUUUCUCAUCGUUUCGCAGUCGGGUCUCGUUCUCUAUAGCAAGGCGGUGCUACGGCCUGUCGAGCAACCACGGCUUGUGGGCUCGUUGUUGACGGCGGUGAUGGAGUUUGUCACGCGGCAAACCCGCCGCAACAUCUCUCAGGUCCAGUUCGACGAUAUGCUCCUGACGUUGGUUACCGCCAAACGAGCGAGAAUAACGGCAGCGCUUUUCCAGGACCUGUCUGACUCUUGCCAACUUGGACGUUUGGUCGCCACGAAGCUACUAGAUGACUUUCUGACAAUGUUUGAAGAUGUUUUAUUGAGCGGCCUGACCACGGACGGACAAGGGUUCUCGAGAAGUGCGACCUACGGCAGAAGCUACACCUCGGACGACUCGCUGAGCGCGCAUGCAGCGAGCCCGUUGACCGACGGGGAUGCCCCCGGACACCCCAGCCAGCACAUGCGCAACGCCUCGGAGGUCUCCGGAGGCUCCCCGAUACCUCGAAGUGCGCCUGAGCUGGUCCAUCACGUGAUAGACAGUGAGCUUCGGGCGGCAGCGCCGAGUCUUGGCUUCACGGCUAGUCCCAGGGGCGCUGUCACGAUGCCGUCGCUGGUGCCCGGCAUCUCCGGACGCAAACCCCCGUUUUCAUCGAGGAGCCUUGUCCAGAACGUGACGCUUUUGGAUCGUUUCCGUCAGUUCGACGGCGCCUUUUCAGACGCGAUCCAGAAGAGCGCACUAGCGGUCGUGGCAGAGUUCACGCGCCUCCGAAACGUGAAGCGAGCGAUUCUGCUGCGGGGCAACAAGGUCAUCGCCUCGAAUGCCACGGUAGACCAGGUCGCCCUGCUAGCGAAUGUUCAGUUUCUCAUUGAUGACACGGAGCAGAUUCUAAUGGUGCAGGGUGACGAGAUGCGUGAUUUGCUGUUCGAAAGUGAAAGCGGCCUUGUUCUCAUCCGUCGUCUGUAUGUCGGCGAGAGCGAGGACGACGAAACCACGGACACAAGCAGCAUUGGAGGGCUCUAUUCCGUCGCUUCCAUGGACAGCACAACCCAGAAUAGCGCACUCAUUUUGCUCAUCUUCGCUCAGCCAGAAAUCGAGGCCAGCGAAUGGGAAAAAGUAGAGGAGCUCGCCAAGCUCAUCGAAGAUGUAGCGUCGCUGCACGCGAAUUUGCGCAUCGCGAGUUGA